UGGCUUGUGGCACUGAAGCCGUCCUACGGGGGAACCUUUCGAGCUCGUGGCUGACACCAACUGGACGAAGACGAUAACCGACGCCUUCAAAUUAAAGAGAGCGGAAAUUUACAGUCGUUGAAGCGAAGAGCUGUCAGCGAUACGCCGGGAAGCAGUCUCAUUUUAGAUACUUUUACACUUAUUCCGUGCAAAGACCCUGCAGCCAUGUCCGUGAACGUUCACGUCAACAGCCCUAAUGUGAAGUACACUGACUCUCACAUUGAGGCUCAGUACUCUUACCAGACCUCGUCGGUGCACAGAGAUGGGAACAAAGUCACGGUGACCCCCCGCACCACUGAGAUGACGAUCCGCACCGAGCGCCGUGUGCCUCGGCUGGGAGUGAUGCUGGUGGGCUGGGGAGGCAAUAACGGGACCACAGUCACAGCGGCCGUACUGGCCAACAAACUGGGUCUUACCUGGAAGACCAAAAACGGAGUAAAGAAAGCGAACUAUUUCGGCUCCCUCCUGCAGUCCUCUACUGUUUGUCUGGGAUCAGGGCUUGAGGGCGAGGUUAACGUGCCCUUCCGGGACCUCCUGCCCAUGGUGCACCCUAACGACAUUGUGUUUGAUGGUUGGGAUAUCUCUUCAUUGGAUCUGGGCAGUGCAAUGGAGCGAGCUCAGGUGCUUGACUGGUCUUUACAAGUGCAGCUGCGACCACACAUGAGCUGCCUGAAACCCAGACCAUCGAUCUACAUUCCAGAGUUCAUUGCUGCAAAUCAGGAGAGUCGCGCAGACAAUGUCCUCACUGGCACCAUGGCGGAGCAGAUGGAGCGAAUUAGAGCUGACAUAAGAGACUUCCAUCAGGCCAGUGGUGUGGACAAAGUCAUUGUUUUGUGGACCGCCAACACCGAGCGCUUCUGUGAUAUCAUCCCAGGGGUCAACGACUCUGCCAAGAACCUGCUGGCUGCAAUCCAGGCCGGAGCUGCAGAGGUCUCCCCCUCCACUCUGUUUGCAGCGGCCAGUAUACUGGAGGGCUGCGCCUACAUCAAUGGCUCCCCACAGAACACUUUUGUCCCAGGAGCAGUAGAGCUGGCCAUGCAGAGAGGCGUGUUCAUCGGCGGUGAUGACUUCAAGUCUGGUCAGACUAAGAUCAAGUCAGUGUUUGUGGACUUCCUGGUCAGUGCAGGGAUCAAGCCAACAUCCAUUGUCAGCUAUAAUCACCUUGGCAACAACGAUGGGAAAAACCUGUCGGCUCCACAGCAGUUCCGCUCCAAAGAGAUCUCUAAGAGCAAUGUGGUGGACGACAUGGUCCAGUCCAACCCCAUACUGUACGAGCCAGGGGAGAAACCUGACCACUGUGUGGUUAUCAAAUAUGUCCCAUAUGUGGGAGACAGCAAGCGUGCCAUGGAUGAAUACACCUCUGAAAUAAUGAUGGGAGGGAUCAACACUGUUGCGCUGCACAAUACCUGUGAGGACUCUCUACUUGCCAGCCCAAUCAUCCUGGACCUGGUGAUGCUGACAGAGCUUUGCCAGCGCGUGACUGUAAAGCCCCAGGGUGAAGAGAACUUCCAGUCUUUCCACAGCGUCUUAUCACUGCUCUCCUUCCUAUGCAAGGCUCCUCUUGUCCCAUCAGGAACUCCAGUUGUCAAUGCCUUUUUCCGCCAGAGGGCCUCCAUUGAGAACAUCAUGAGGGCGUGCCUUGGUCUUCCUCCUCAGAACCACAUGCUGCUGGAGCACAAGCUGCAGAGAAGCUUCCUGCCCCCACAUGAAACCUGUGUCAACAAUGAUGUGGCUUCUUUGAAGAAAGUUCCCGUAGUCAACGGAAAUCACAUUCCUCUAACAAAUGGCGUAUAUGCACACAUGGACCACACAGCAUGUGCAUUAUAACUGAAACACUGCAGAACCAAACUGAACUUUGAAUCAAAAGAACAAGUUCCCUCAUUGAUUAAGCUGUUGUUGCGACAUCAAUUUGGCCUAGUUAACUAGAUUUACUGAGUUUCAGUGUGCUUUAUAAAGCCCACGUACAGCACUUAUAUGGGCCCUGAAAAGGCAAGUUUGUUUGUUAGUUUGUUUACAUAUUUUAAAGUAUUAACUUUACAAUAGUAAACUUGAGUAAAUUUUCUAACUGCUUGUGUUUAAAUCACAGUAGUUUUCAAAGUAAUUUACAUUUGCACAUUGUACACUAUCUUUUAUCUGUGAAACAGCUGUUCCUGUGAAAAACGGAUGUAGUACCUGCUGUAUUUGUUAUUUAAAUUAACAUUACACUGGACCAUCUUUUUACCUUACUGUUUUUGUACAACAGUGCAGUCUAUCACUACUUUUUUGUAGUGUCUUGAACUGUUUAUAUACAAUAAACUCUUGAAUGGUGUCAUCUGAA